AUUAUUGAUCCGCUCUGUCCACCAACCCAUCUUCGCUUUCUAAAGAUCGACACACAUACUCAUUCACGAUGUAAUUACCAGUAGGUACAGGGACACUCUAGGUAACUAAGCACUGUUACGUUACUGUCGACCCUUAGGUAAUGUAAAUAUUGUGGGAGUUCAGGCCGAUCGAUAAAAAGGGCAGGUUACACGAAUGCCCACGUGACUGUUCAAGAUUUCCGGCAUCUUUUUGCUUUCGCAUCAACAAAUCAAGACCGAGACGAACUUCAUUAAACUUCGUGACCAACGAGAAGAUUUCCAUUUCACCACAUCUCCACUAUAUCAAACAAGUCUCAUGAGCUCACUCGGUCGCAUGGAGCAGUCCAGCCGCCAAUGGUUAUGACCUGACUAAUCAUCUAUCUAGGUGGAAGAAUUCGAGAGCUCGACUGUUGCCGACCGUCAUUCGGCUGAGCAACAAGGUCAAUGUCAACAAUGUGAAAUUGGCUUAACUAUUGAUUUAUUUGACAAACGCCCUUUUACGACACCCCAAAAAAUACAAUGAGUCCUCGACCAAAAUCAGCACAGGCGUGCUCAAUCUGCCAUAAGAAAAAGAUCAAAUGUGAUCUUGAUGCAGAUCAUCCGCCAUGUACAAACUGCAGGAUCGCAGACCUGCCGUGUCGGCCUCAUAAAAGGAAGCGCAAACGCUACAACCUGAGUCCAUCACCACCCUCAGAAUAUCGAUCAUCACGACUGUCAUAUACCCCCAGGCCAUAUCACGACCCAUCACCACAUGGUGCAGCAAUCCCUUUUCUAGGCGAGCAGAGCACAAACAGUCCACUUCAUCAGCUGGAGCAGCAAAGCUCAUCGGUAGAUCAUCUCGACUCGAUCCAUCACGAAACAUCACAGGUCGAGUCUCAUGUGCAACAUGUCAACGAGGCUGGCACCCCACCCCUGGCAGAAAGCUAUGUCGAUCGAGACGCCUAUCUGGACAACAGCAUCCACGUCAAUGCCGAAAAGGCCUUGGUCAAGCCAGACGCGAAUGAGGACACCCACGGCCUGUCUGAGACCGACAUGCAAGUCCUUCGCUUGUACAAAGCCUUCGAUCUACCCCCGCGAUCGAUCAGACUCAGUCUUGUCGACAAAUUUCUCGAGCAUUGUUUGCCGUGGAUGCCCAUUGUCGAUCGAAGGUGGCUCGACGAUCAAGCGAAUCACGGCCCCUCCAUUUUGCUCCAGCAAGCCGUCUUUCUCGCAGGCAGCAGAGUUUCUUCAAAGGCUGUGGUAGGCGCCACUUCUGGAGACUACUACCAACGGGCAAAGUCGCUUUUCUUUGCUGGCCACGAAAAGAACCCAAUCAUCGCUCUCAUCUCCGUCUUGCUCUUACAUUGGUGGAACCCCACUGGACCAGAGCAGCUAUCUGCCAGUACCAGCGCAUUCUGGGUUCGUAUUGGGGCAGGUCUGGCAUACCAGAUCGGUCUACAUAAAGAACCCUCGCCCACAGCGCCCGGCAGGCUGCUGCGACGCCGAGUCUGGUGGACUUUGGUGCUGAGAGACAACGUCAUAUCCGUAGGCGUUGGCCGCCCGCGAACCAUCAACCUGAAGGACAGCAAUGUCCUCCCCCCCACGAUCAAUGACUUCCCAGUCAAGAACACGGAUGCCCACAUUUUUGUGGCAUAUUGCGGCAUUUGUGCGCUCUUGGGAGAAGUCACCGAAUUCCGUCGCCGCAAGAGAUUUUUUCCCGAAGACCGAAAAAACUUUGAGAAUGCCUUGUACCGUUGGAUUAGGGAACUUCCGUCAGAGCUGCGGGUCUUCUCUCGCGCCGACAACAGAUCGCUAAAUCCCUACAACUUCAAGUCUCGCCAGCUGGCCGUCGUUUAUUUUGUGACUGUGCUGGUUCUGCAUCGGACAGAAGGUCCGAGCGCCUCAGCAUCCACAGCAUCAAUGGUAGCCUCUUCCUUCCUUGCAGGUUUGUUCGAGGACUUUUUGUCGAGGGACGAGCUUCGCUUCCUUGGGCCUGUGUUUGCCUUCUAUGCUCUUGCGGCGGGGCUGUCACAGAUGUCCGGCUAUCGAUACCCAGGUCUGGAGGAUGCUGCAGAGGCUGAAUAUCAAAUUCUGUCGCUCUCCUUGCAGUCUCUAUCAGACAGGUGGGGCUCUGCUUCAGAAGCCCUGAGGUCCUUGAAUGCAGCUAGAAAGACUGUCGCGCGACAACCCCAACUCUCUACAAGACCUGCGCCAGUGCCCGAUGAAUCCUUGCCCUUCUUCACCGAGUUCGGCCCCGAGAUAUGUCGUCAAUGGCAUUUGCUCGGAGUCAGUGUGCCGCACAUAUCAGAUGACGGCGCGAAUCACACCCCGAACCAGAACGGAGAUAUUGGCACCGCGCCGAAGAACCCCUCCUUUGCUCAUGGCUCGAGGCCUAAUGAAAGCAUACUUGGUAAUGAUUUCAUUACGAUGCCGCAGGCCAGUCUACCUUUCGACCAGCAUGAUCCAAUGUUGUAUCCCAACGUAGGAGAGAAUUUUCCUGAUCAGCAGUACGGCUAUUCCUGGAGCGACUUGGACCCUGUAGGUACCUGGCUUCUAGGAGACCUAGGACUUGAAGGCUCCUUGGGCCAUCCCAGCUAGCUGCGAGAUCAGCAAGGGGUAUCGUUGUUGGUGAGUUCUGUGGCGUUUGACUACCACACCGAGGACCAUUAGCGAUUACCGAGCUGUGAACCGGCGGAUUGACUCUCUCGAAGUGCGACGGUCAAGGAAGGAUGCCAGAAGAAAUCAAGAAAUUGAGGCAACCAGUCGCCCGAUUCAACCGAAGCACGAUCUGUUGGAGAAAGUGUCAUCAACAAGCGUUCCGAAUAGGCCCAAGUGAAGUUGCCAGGACCAUAAACCGCUCGGGUGAUGCAAGCAACCCAGGCCACCAAGACGGGCUCGCCCUCUUGUACAGGGGCCAUACAGACCCGCUUCGAGUAGAUCUGCAUGAAGCAAUUGGUGACAAAACAAGUAUUGAAAUUACCGCUCAAGAAAGUAAGGUAUGCCAUGGUAGCUUGGACGAUCAGCUUCUCGUGGUGCGAGCGGUCUCUUGCGUUUUGGAGCAUGAAAAGACAGCAUGCCUGAUACAUGUAGAUUUUAUCAUCAGUAGCUGCGGUGCUGUCAGAGUCUAGAAACAAGGGCUCCUGAGUGGACACCCAGAGGAGCACCUGUACACAAUCGGCACAGAGAAGGCCGACCAAAGUCAUUUCUCUGAAGCCGCGUGGUAACAAAAUCAACGGAUCAAAGGCGGAAUUAGUGGGCAAAGGGAGGCGUGGUUUUGGCUUUCCGCUAUAUUGGUCCACGAGAGCGGCUGCGGCGCCAACUGCUCGCUGGUAGCCAAUAAAUCUAGCUCUCCUUAGAGACUGGACACAGAACCCUGUGGGGCCGGGUGCACUUACGCUCUAGCUUGCUGUACAAUGAAGGGAUUGAUGGGUUUCUUCUGCUUGAGCGAAGUGUCUAGGAGUGUGGACAAGGCACGAACAUGGAUGGCCGAGUCUGCUGCGCGGCGUUGGAUGUACUGGGUGGGACUUGUUAGUUUUUGAAGCUUCUAUGCUACUAUGUGGACGCGCUCACCAGUGUGCUACAAAUCGCAGUCAGACUCCAUACGAGCGUUUCGGCGGCAUCAAUGCGCUCUGAGUCGGAGAGUUCGG